AUGAUUAAUACUGUAAAGACUGAGACUAUAAUAAACGGACAAGUAUUUGAGGUAAUAUCAAAUUUAGAAACAGAAAAAAAUUCAGAAAAGCUGGAGGAUGUGUCAAUUAAAGUUAAUGAAUUAUUGACAAGUUAUUUAAGUAAAGAAAAUGACGAUUCAAAUGAAAGUAGUCAAGAUGAAUGCGAAAAUCAAAAUAAUGAAGAUAUAAAAGAAGAUCUAUACUUGGAUACAAACAAUAAAAGUACUAAAAGUAAUAAAAAUAAGAACGAAUCAGACGCAGUAGAACAAUUAGGAACAUCUAGUGGCAAGAAACAUAGAAUAGAUGCAGGCGAAAAAUAA